AUGGCCCUUAAUCUGGCGAGAACCGUAAAGGCGGGGGACGCCGAUCCCAAGGUGGUUCAAAUAUUGACGGAGUGUCUAGAAUUCGACACCAUUACUGAGAACCAAGCAGCCAGGCGGAUUGAUGAAUAUAAUAAAUUGGACGAGGAUCAGUACAACUUGGAAGAUAUUUGGGGCGCUUUCUUUCGUGCCUCAUUUCAUAUUCCGCAUGACCAUCCGGCGCAAAGCCGACUGGUCCAAAUUCUAUUGGAACUGAAGGAGCUUCCGUCUCGAACGGUUCAGUUUGGCGAUAAGGAAUUGAUAUUCUGGUCAGGGAUGCCCCUAUUCCAUGGGUAUUUCAGUGAGUGGUGGCAAUUCUGUGGUCCGUUCGACCGCCCGAUGGAUGAGGAAGGCAAAUCUCCGGAAGAGAUAGUUGAAGAGGCUUCGCAUGAAUGGCAGAAUUUCGUCUCCUUUUCCGCUCGUCUAUGGAAGGCUGGACUGAUUGGUUUGUUCCGAUCGUCUGUUUACACUCUACGUGAAGCUUUAGAAGAUGAUACGGGCGAGUUGGAGCUGAAAUGGCGAAUUGCAGCUGCAUCGGAGUGGAUUGUCCAUUGUGGGGCCUCUGAUUCUCGAAGAGAUCAGAGAUAA